AGAUAGUGCCAGUAGACCAGACUAUAGUCGUACGCUAUAUCUAGACGCACAACUUACAGUGUGGCCGCAAUCCUCGGCAGUGUUCUGAGACUGUGCCAUGUUGGAAUUUUAAAAUUAUCGAGUGAGAAGUAAACAAAAGUCGUCACUGGAGUUUUAACCUGUUGUAGGUGUCUUUCGUUCCACUCUAUAACUACAAGUGCAACCGGAUUGACCGGGGAAAAAUUAAGAACACUAUUUUUUUGGAAGAAUGAAAAUGGCAACCAUGACAGCCCAACCACCAAAAGAGAAGAAAAGACGGAACUCUGAGAAGAGAAAGUUGAAAUCACGCAAUGCAGCACGAACCAGGAGAGAGAAAGAGACGUCCAUAUUUUACGAGCUUGCCCACGAGUUGCCGAUGCCACACAGCAUGUGUGCCCAGUUGGAUAAAUCAGGCAUUAUGAGAUUACUUCUCAGUUUCCUCAACAUCAGAAAAUUUGCACCCAAAGCCAUCAAAUCAGAACCAGUUGAUACAGACGGAGAAGAGUCGGCCCUGAGUAUUGACAGUCUCAUCGAUAACUACUACCUGAAAGCUCUAGAUGGAUUCGCCAUGAUUCUAUCACAGGAUGGAGAUAUCAUAUUCAUCUCGGAAAAUGUGACGCAAUACAUGGGACUCAAACAGAUUGACCUGAUGGGACAGAGCAUCUACGAUUACAGCCAUCCCUGCGAUCAUGAUGAAAUACGGGAACAUCUCUCCGACCAUCCCAGGUUGAACAUCAUAAAGAGUAGCAAAUCAAAACAGAAACAACAAGAACGACACAACUUCAUCAUCAGGAUGAAGUGCACCCUGACGGCCAAGGGGAAAAUCGUCACACAGAAGGCAGCAAUUUAUAAGGUUGUCUGUUGCAAAGGGCUGCUCAAAGUGUCCCCAUCAGAGGUCACCACUAGUGGUUAUCGACUGCCUGAGGUGAGCUGUGUCUCCCUGAUCGCCAUGCCCAUCCAACACCCUGCCAACAUUGAGAUCCCCAUGGACAAACAGACCUUCCUGACUAGGCACAGCAUGGAUAUGAACUUCACAUACUGUGAUGAAAGAAUCAAAGAUCUUCUUGGCUACGAUCCAGACGACUUGGUGGACAAAUCAUUCUACGACUUCUACCACGCCAUGGACAGCCACGUCAUUGAGAAAUGCCAUAGAGACUUGUUCGCCAAGGGGCAGGCCUCCAGUGAGAAGUACAGAUUCCUUGCUAAGAAGAGCGGAUACGCCUGGAUGGAGACCCAAGCUACGGUCAUCUAUAACAGCAAGACCAACAAGCCACAGUGCGUGGUUUGCGUCAACUACAUGAUCAGUGGUGUGGAGGAUGACCAAGCAGUGAUUUCCACACAUCAGUUGGAUGAAGGGAUACAGUUAAGCACAGAGGAGAUCUUCGUGCAACGCCCAGACGACCUCGACGACGACGACGUCUUUCCACUUUACCUCACUGGAUCAAAGAGCAAAGUGGCCAAUCCAGAGGAUCUGACCUACCUGGCCCCUACUCCGGGCAGUGCCAUGGUACUAUUGGACUUCACUACCCCGCUGCCCAACCUCUCUAAGACUACUGAAGCCCAAGAGCUGCAGCGACAGGACAGUCAGACCCAGGACUUUGUGCCGUUCUUUCCGUUUGUAGCCCUGGACACGAUCCCGGAGGACCAACAGUCAUCGGAUGGAGGGACAAACCAGGAGCCCUCUCAAACACCAGACUUGAUUCUUCCUGAAACCAAAUCACACAUGAGAUCAAGCAGAGACCCCCUGUUGUUGGAUGGCUUCAUGGAGAACCCGGCCCAACUGGAUGACCUGUCCAAGAGGGCGCCCUACAUCUCCCUGAGCGAUGACUUUGACUUCAAUUGUGACCAGCAGCUGAGUGAUGCUGAACUUCGUGAUGAUUCUUGGGAACCAGUCAACAUCUUCGGGAGCAACGUUAAAAACAACCCCUGUGUUGUCUCUGUUGGCUCGCCAUCAGUGUCCGAUGACAGGCAAGACUUGUUGAGUCCUUUGCCGUCAGAUGGCCACACCGGCCCGUCCACACCCUACAGUCAGAUUUCCGUGGGCUCCCCAAUGACACCUGUAAAGAAGCUCUGCCAGAGUAUGCCCAAUCUCUGGGUGACCACCGACGAUUGCGGGGAUGGAGAACUGUCCGUGCAGUCGCCGGGUAAGUACAUGUGGCCGAGCCCGCAGCUCCAACAACCAUCUCCUCUGGUCAGCCCCACUGGAUCGCAAGCCCUCGACGAGGGUAACUACUACAUCGAUCUGAACAACCAGAGUAAGGAGUUUUCUCCGCAACUGGCCGUGAAGAGAAAGCGGGAGACUCAAGAUGUCCAGCCACUCUUCAAGAUGGCGAGGAGGGAGAACCAAGGUCAAGAAGCUGGGGCGUCAUUCGACGGAGGAGGGAGCGAGAUGGGCGGUGCGGGAUGGAAGACUGGGAAAACUGGUGUGGAGCUUGAGGCUGCUCAACCUCCAAGUGAUGAAGGGAUGAGUGGUUUACAGUCACUGCUAUUCCAGCAGGAUGGCACAAACAUCAACAAUUUAUUUGGACACUCCCUGCUCUUACAAAAGGUUGCACAGCAGGUUGUCAACAACGCCAACAUGGUACCAUCAGGUAACCCACUCCUGAGCAGCAAUCAGUUGUCGCCGGGUGGUAGUGUCGGGCCAAAACAUCAGUUCCCGUCCUUCCUAACUCAGCCAGUGACCGUUGACCUGAAGGACAAAGCUUCCGCCGAUAACACUCUGGUAAACUGCCUGCUCCUGACCAGCCAAGACUUGGAUGUGAACACACCACUGCAGGCUUCAACGGGACUGCUGCAGGGUGAGGACUUGCUGCGGGCAUUGGAUGUACCUUGAAGUAUCCACCAGACUCGGUAUGUAAAAAACCAGGGAGAUGACUAGAGUUCACCGACCAACCCUAAAAAUCCUUAAAAUAUAUUUUAGUAUUCUUAAAACAAAUUGAUGUACAUAUAUACCCAUAUUUUCCUGCUGUUUCAUAUUUUGAAAAUGGAUGCUUUUUAUUUUCAUGAGAGAAAGGAAGGGUGAUGGAAAUUGUUGCUUACUCCCGCAAUUAAAUUGAAUGGGAGUUUAAGCAACUUUGCAUGUUGGGCCAGUAUCCUUUUUGUGAUUGUAUUUGUUUAUAGAGAGAAAGAAAAAAUGAAAUAAUGAGAGAGUUAAAUUAAGGAAUAGAAUUGUGACUAUUAUCAGUAUGCCAAUUUAAAACUGUGUGUGUAGUCGUAAAAGUUACGUGACUCUUAGUAUCCCACCACUAAAAUAAAAAGCACAUUUUUUUUAUAUCCAGUUUGAUAGAGCUGCUUAAACACAAAAUAAGCCAAGCAAAACAAAAUAAUGCUAACCAGAUAGUUUAAGCUUAGUAAAAUAAUGCUUACCAGAAUAAGGUUACCAGCCAAAAUACAGUUUGUGACUUGUAUCUUGCUCAUUAUUGCUAAGCAGGGAUAUUUUAAGCCAUGUUUUCUGCUUAAGCAGCUCUAUGAAAUUAGGCCCAGUUUAAAGGCUACAUGGAAAGGAAAGGGUGACAGUGAUGGAAACCGACCAGUUUCAUUUAUUGUUUUAUUUAUGGUACAUUGAUACCAUGUGAUUUCAGUUGUGGUUGAACUCAGCACUUGUUCUUUCACAGUAUAUCAGCACAAAUUUGUUUUUUUAAUUAUUUUAUUGUGGUGUGUGUUUUGUACAGUAUUAAGCGUUUGCUUUAGCUUGCCCCAAGUUGGCCUUCCUCUCAGAAAAAAAUGAGUCGAGUGAAGUCCAUUUAUUAUAGAAGUUGAGGAAGGAGGCUACAGUAACACAUUGAUUAGCGUUUGUGAAGCACUCGAUAGUAUAAUAUGUAUAUGUACAAGACCAAGUAAUUUUGUUUGUAAUUGGCCCGUCUUUUGUGAUGUCAUUCAUUGCCAUAUGAUCUGUCACCAUCUAUCAGUAUUUUCCUUCUUAAACUGCCAUGGGGAUUACUCUACUCAAAGACUCAAAGGGGGUGCAUGUAGAAUCAACACAGACUAAAUGCUCGGAUUAAACUUUAUAAAUUUGUAACUUUGUUAUUAUUAUUUUUAUUACUGAAAAAAAAAUGCAGUUAGGAGUUUGUUGUUGAACAUACAAAUGCACAAAACCAUAUUGUAUAUAAUAGAUUUUUAAUACAAAACAAAAAACAAAGGCUGAUGUACACAUUGCAUACAUAGAACGGCAGUCUCGCUCCUGGUUGACUGUAAUUGAAACAUUUGUCAAAAGCACAAACUCUUUUUAAAGUAACAUUUAUACAACUUUGAAAGAUUUUAAGGAUAUUUUGGGAAACAUUGCUACUGCACGAAGGUGAGAUUGUACAAUGUUCAUUAGUUUUAAAGCACAAACUUUUCAAGACAAUGUAUUAACUUUGUAUAAGGUUGUGAUCAAGUGGCAGGGUUUGGGCCCUGAGAUGCCAUGGGCUGUAGUCACUGUGAAGAACAUUCUUACUCCCAUGAAUUAUGGCACAAACUUUUCAAGACAAUGUAUUAACUUUAGAGCUGUGAUGUACAGUAUUGUAGAACGUGUGUCCCAAAUUGCUGUGUAAAUAGCCAAAUAUAUCUUUUUCCAUUUUGACAUUUUGUUUACUUUGAAGAAAACUAUUUUAUGACCAACAUCCCCUUGUGAUAAUUAACCCUUUUGAAGGUGCUAAACAGUUUUAGAGGAAACAAGACGACUUUUAUCAGAAUCUGCUCGCUGAUGACGAGCCUCUCAGAAUUUUAAGGUCUCUUGAGUUGCCAAGAUUGUUAAGAUAAGAGUAAAAAGAUUUAAGAAAUACUAAAAUAACAGUGAAGUACAUUAAUGUACAAUUGCCACUGAUUGCUGGAAACUGCAAAAAAGUGUGCCAAUAUUUGUUGUCCUUUUCAUCAUUUUUUUUUAUUGGUUGGAAUGAUACAAUGGUCAGAUUUUAUUUUUAACAUCUCAAAGAGUAAUAUUUUAAAACAUCUCAAUAACAAAUGGAAGUAAACAAGAAAUGGAAGUAAAAAACAACAAAUGCCAAGUGGAAGUAGUUAUAUUUAAGUUAAAUAAGAUAUACCCUGUACACAUUUCAAGGAAAAGUCAAUCGUUUUCAAUACACAGCACAAAAAACAACAACAAACAGAUCAGCGGUACAAAUUUCAAGGAAAAGUGAAUCGUUUUCAAUACACAGCACAAAACAACAACAACAAACAGAUCAGCUUAAGUUAUAGAACUCACUGCUGUUUUAACCCUCAUGGUUCGUGAUUUGUUUGUUUAUCUUCUAAUAGCUGUUGUAUCAAUAGCUGAUAAUAUUAAUGUAUCAAUAACAGAUAAUAUUAUGAAUUUUCAGCUCAUCUGAACAGCUUAAUUUUUAUUAAGAUGCCGUUUUGUUGGUAAGAAUAAGAUCAUCUGCCAUGGAUUGAACAAACUGAUUGACAUUGGUAGGUUGGUUAUAAAUAUUCGGAGAUUGGAAAGUGUACUUGCAGUUUCUUAAUUAAAACGAAAGACUUGCUGUAUUGGUUGAUAAUGAUGUAAAGUUAAAAUAUUGUAUCAAUUGCUUCUUGGUUUGAUCUUCCAGUUUCUUUGUUUGAAUUACAACUGACAAAAAACACUUCUUUCAAUCAAGUAGAGGCAAAUUUGAUUUAUCACUGAAAUUAUGGUAGAUUGAUAACUCAUAUUGAGCUGCUUUAGAUGACAUCUUUGAAAUUACGGUAGGAGGGAUACCAUGAGCUGAAAAAUAUAUUACAUAUUUUCAAUUUUAGUAUUUUACAGAUUAAAGUGUGUUAAUGAUCAUUGUAAUAUUUUAAUAUAAAUCUGUAUAAGGUUGUGAUCAAGUGGCAGGGUUUGGGCCCUGAGAUGCCAUGGGCUGUAGUCACUGUGAAGAACAUUCUUACUCCCAUGAAUUAUCGCCAAAGAUAUUUCACAAAAUGAUCUGGACCCAAUUUUUAUAAUAGCUGUUAAGCAGAAAAUACUGCUUAGCAAGUUGCAACAAGGUAAACUUUAUUGAUUUUUUUGCUGGUAACCAGUUUCUGUUAAGCAAUACUGUCUGUGCUUAGCAAGUUGGGGCUUGAUCUAUUUAACCACCUGUUUGAAUUGUAAGUGCUUAUCUGAAAGUCCAAUUACUGCCAUUAUGAACACUAUCAAAACUCAGAAUAAAGAACUUCCCUGGAAUGAUAUGGCUACAUCAUUUAGGAAAUAAGUGGAUAAACAUGGAGCUGGAAUGUUCUGCCAUAUUCUGUACAUUAAUGUACUCCUAACUUUUUGAUCUAGACAUAUACCCGCUUUUUGAGUUCACAAGAAGAUUUGGCUUGCAACCUGUUUUAAAAACUAGCCUUUUCUUUGUUUUUAUUUGGUUUGAAUAAAUACAAAUUAUAAGUAAA